CACUUGCGACUUCACACUGAGCUUCGAACAUACGUGACCCACCCGAAUACACGCAUUGGUCAUCCCCGAGGUCAUCGUCGUGCUUAUAUAGCCUGCUACCUGCUCGGAGAUCCUCAUAGUCACAAGCCCACUUGAGCUUGUCUGCCAACCAAAGCGACCUCUUCAGUCUGUGACAUGUGGAAUCAAAGUACCAGCGACGACCGGGACUACAUUGCGCUCGCCGACCAUGGAUUGAUCGGCAAUCUGAGGACCGCGGCGUUGGUUAGCAUAGACGGAUCCAUCGAAUCGUACUGCGUUCCAAACUUCGACUCGCCCUCGAUUUUCGCUCGCAUCCUCGACAAAGACAAGGGAGGGCACUUCUCCAUCACGCCCACCGAGCCGUUUGACGUCAAGCAAAACUACCUCCCCAAUUCGAACAUCCUUCAAACCAAGUUCCUGAACGAAAACGGCGUCGUCGCGCUCACGGACUUCCUCCCGCGCGGCUCGAAGAGCUCGCCGCUGCCGCUCCUGCCUUGGCUCGUGCGCAAGGUCGAAGUCAUCCGCGGCGUGCUCCCGCUUCGCGUCGAGUGCGCGCCCGCGUUUAACUACGCGCGGGACACGCACGAGGCGAAGAUCGUCGAGGACAGCAGCGUGCCGUCUCCUGCAGGCGGCACGCCGCAGAAGAAGGUCUUGUUCACGUCGGAGAAGUUGAACCUCGAUCUGCGGUAUGUCGUCGGGUGCUCGAUUGACGAUGUGCCGGUACCGGACGUGACGCUGGAGCUGCUCGAUCUCACCUCUAAGGGACACAAAGGCUUAUCGGCCGUGACGAACCUGUCUUUGACCGAGGGCCAGAGCGUGACGUUCGUGCUCCGGUACGCCGAUCCGGCGGACGUCGACGGGAAGAUCAAGUUAGCCCAGUUUGCGCAGAAGGUGCAGACGGAAGUGGGCGAGGCGCUGAAGGCGAAGGACGUCGAGCUCAACCUAGACCGAAUGCACAUCGGAGCGUCCAGUCUCCGCGCGCCAGACGACCCACUGCUCACGCAGGACUUGGUCAACAUUUUGCUCACGGGCACGAACAAGUACUGGAACGCGUGGAUCCGGCGGUCAACAUACAAAGGCUCCUGGAAGGAGGCCGUCAACCGCAGCGCACUGGCACUCAAACUGCUCAUCUAUGAGCCCACGGGCGCCGUCGUCGCGAGUCCAACGUUUAGUUUGCCCGAGUAUAUCGGGGGGACGAGGAACUGGGAUUACAGGGCAUCGUGGAUCCGUGACGCCUCUUUUACUCUGUAUGCGCUGAUUCGGCUCGGGUUCACGCACGAGGCGAACGCUUACGUCGAUUUCAUCUUGGAGCGCGUGAAGGACAAGAACCCGGACGGGUCGCUGCAGAUCAUGUAUACCAUCCACGGGGACAAGAUCUUCCACGAAGUAGAGCUGCUGCACCUGGACGGCCAUAAGGGAUCCAAGCCUGUCCGAAUCGGGAAUGGGGCGAUUGAUCAUUUGCAGCUGGAUAUUUAUGGUGAACUGCUGGACUGCAUCUACCUCGGGCAGAAGUUUGGCAAACCCUUGUCCUAUGAUACUUGGGUGGCAGUCCGUGAACUCGUCGAUUACGUUGUCGCUCAUUACAAUGAGCCUGACCUCUCGAUCUGGGAGGUUCGGAACAAGAAGCGGCAUUUCACGUACUCGAAGAUCAUGAUGUGGGUCGCCAUUGAUCAAGGUCUCCGCCUGGCCGACAAGCGCUCUUUGCCCUGCCCGAAGCGGCUGGAAUGGCUCGCUGCGCGGGACGACAUCUAUGAGCAGAUCAUGCACAAGGCAUGGAACCCGGUUGGCAAGUACUUCGGACAGAGCUACGAGCAGUCUGAUGUUCUGGACUCGUCUGUCCUCAUUAUGCCGCUCGUGUUCUUCUCCUCUGCUCCGGACCCGCGAUUCAUAAGCACGCUCCAUCAGAUCUUGAAAACGCCCCAGCGAGGAGGUCUCACUUCAAAUAAUUUGGUCUACAGAUAUGAUGUGAACAAGGCGAGCGACGGUGUUGGAGGAGAGGAAGGCACCUUCUGCCUCUGCACGCUUUGGUGUGUUGAAGCGCUGACUCGUGCUGGCGAAUACGACAAGGCUCUUUUACAAAGAGCUGUCAACAUGUUCGAGGACUUCUUGCAAUAUCUUAACCACGUCGGUCUGGCCACCGAGGAAAUAUCUGAUGCUGGAGAAGCGCUUGGGAACGCCGUCCAAGGGUUUACUCACGUCACGCUCAUCUCUGCCGCUUACAACCUCUCGAGGACGUUGGAAAAAGUGAGCCUCUGAAUAUCGUCAUGUUUCUUCGAAUUUCCACUGGGUUUGUUGUUCGUCAUCAACUUUACAUGUCGUGGAGAUUUGGCAAGCGUAUGUACAACAUGUAGACUCUACGCACAACAAAGGGGGGG